AUGAAGCUAAUUUCCUUUGAAAUUCUUUCAUUCUGGUUGCGACACUUACUCCGUUGUUUUGUUAGUCAAGCAGUUGGAAAUACAGAUGCGUUGUUUGCUCAAUGUAAUUGUCGUACGUUCUGUUUAAAUGGAAGAAAAGGCCAACGAUUAAAACACGCACCACCGCUAAUUGCUCUGACGAGACAUGACCGGGACAUGCUCGAAAUUCCGCCAGGACCCUCUUUACAUGCACCCAAUCGAGGUUGUAAGACCGUUGAAGCUGCUUCUGAGACAUCUGCGAUGCUUGUACCGUUUGCUGCAUUGCAGGAAACACACAUCAGGGAUCAACCUCUCAUCGAUACCGACAACUACACCUUCUACUGCGACGAUGCUGAUGAGAAGAAAGUAGGAGGCUGCGCAAUAGUUAUCAGGAACGAUUAUAACAACCUGAUGGAGUUCGGAUCAACGUCGUCAAGGUGCGCCUUUAUACGAUUGUGGGAUCGCAGAGGACUCAAACUCUGGAUCGUAAGUGCUCAUGCAUCUACGGAGACCGCAAAGGGCCAAAACAAGGACUCGUUUUAUGAUGAACUCAAUACGUUGAUAUCCAAGAUACCAAGCCAGCAGGCGGCAAUAUUCGGAAUUGACGCGAACGCAAUGAUGGGUUCUGAACAACAAUCCGAUGCGCUUGGAAAAUGGUCUUAUCCCAUGGAACAGACAUCGGACAACGGAAAUCGUCUGAUAGACCUUUGCAAGCAGACGAAUCUCAUCAUUGCAUGCACAUUUAAGAGGAAUCAUCGACGUCAUCAGCUUACGUGGGGCAAGGGACAAACCCCAUUAACGUCAGAAGAGCAGCGAAAGCGGAAGAUGCCAACUCCUAAGCUUUAG